ACUCCCCUAUUCUCGUUCAAAUACGACCUAUUCACACACCAGCCAUGUCUACAACAUCUCACCCGCCCAGAUGGGCCGCCCUCGCGCGCGACACCAACGAGACAAAGAUCCAGAUGGCCCUCAACCUCGAUGGCGGGGCAUUCCCCCCCGACACGGACGAGAGGCUCACCGCAGCCGUUACUGCACACGCCUCCCAGGCAAGCAAGUCCCAGACCAUCAGCGUCAACACGGGCAUCGGCUUCCUCGACCACAUGCUCCACGCCCUCUCCAAGCACGCCGGCUGGAGUCUGGCCAUCGCCUGCAAGGGUGACCUUCACAUCGACGACCACCACACAGCAGAAGACGUCUGCAUAGCCCUAGGCUACGCCUUCGCCGCCGCCCUCGGCAGCGCAACCGGCCUCGCCCGCUUCGGCUACGCCUACGCGCCCCUCGACGAGGCCCUCUCCCGCGCCGUCGUCGACCUCUCCAACCGGCCCUACAGCGUCGUCGAGCUCGGCCUCCGCCGCGAAAAGAUUGGCGACCUGUCCUGCGAGAUGAUCCCCCACUGCCUCCAGAGCUUCGCCCAGGGCGCCAGAAUCACCCUCCACGUCGACUGCCUCCGCGGCGAAAACGACCACCACCGCGCAGAGAGCGCCUUCAAGGCCCUCGCCGUCGCCGUCAAGAUGGCCACCAGCCGCGUCGCUGGUAAGGAGGGCGAGGUGCCUAGCACCAAGGGAACCUUGAGCGCAUAA